AUAGACCGCUGACCCCGGUCUCUUUCAGUCCCAGUCCACCACUAACCGUCGGCCCACAACAUGGAGGCUCUUCUUGAUUCAGGGAUCAAUUUUAUCAUUUAUUUACAAAAGUCUUGGGCAGGGUGGCAAAGUGAAAUGCUAUUCCUUUCUAAAGUUGGUGAUCCUAGGAACUCCUUUCUGAUCUAUUUUCCAGUCGUGUACCAUUUAAAUCACAAUUUAGGAGUGAGUGUGUUGUGGACAGCCAUUAUCUCUGAGUGGAUAAAUCUUGUUCUGAAAUGGAUCCUAAGAGGUGAUAGGCCAUAUUGGUGGAUUCAUGAGACGGCUCAGUGGAAAAAUGUGACCCUUGAACAGUUUGAGUUGACUUGUGAAACAGGACCAGGGUCCCCAUCAGGUCAUUCUAUGGUAACAUCUGCUGUGCUGUGCUUGGUAGUCCUGUGGCUGAUGAACUCACUAAGGGAAACGUUACGCCAAGCACAUGUUCUUAACAGAUUCAUUAUAACUACAACAAUUUGGAGUGUACUCCUUACAAUCCUUUCUCUUGUCUCGUUGUCCAGAGUGUUUAUAGCUACGCACUUCCCUCAUCAAGUCAUUCUAGGCACAGUAGUCGGAGUAUUUGUGGCCUCUGCUGUAAGAAAGCACAGUUCAGCACUCUUUGAAGUCUCCCAAUCUGUUUUUUACUGUACAAUUUGUUCCAUAGUGUUAGUUGUAUCAACCUUGGCAUCUCAUUUCAUCCUUUCAGUACUUAUUUAUGAUCCUUCAAUAUCAGUUACCAAGGCUCAGAAGUGGUGUGUCAAUCCGUCUUAUGUUCAUCUUGACACAACACCAUUUUAUGCACUCGUUCGUGAUUCUGGAGCAACUCUAGGAUUAGGAAUUUCUUUUCUUAUUGUAGGAUCUGUUACAAGAGCAGGAAUGAAUAGUUGGAGAGGUUUGAGCAAUUUUCAAAAUUCAUUACUUUCCAAAAGUCUCAAAAUCAUUCUUUCGGUCUUUCUUUUACAGCUUUUGGAGGCCAUUUCUUUGCCAAAAUCAAACCCUUUGCUAUUUUAUGUUGCUGGGUAUGGCAGAUGUUCUUUAAUUCCUAUUAUCAUUAUUUGUGUUGUUCCGAUGAUUGUCUUGUCAUAAACAAUGUCCUUGAAAAAGUCACUAUAUUUCAUCAAAUCAAUUUGCUUCCAUUAUGGUGCAAAUAUUUGGGAGCGCAAAUAAAACUAUCUAUAAAUUUAAUUCAAGGCUAUAUUACUAAUUUUGCUAAUAAAGAAACAAUUAUCGCAA